AUGGACGUCUACCACAAACUGCUGGGCAUCCCGCCGAACGAGCAGCCGCCGACGCACUACCGGCUGCUGGCGGUCGAGCCCUUCGAGACCGACCGGGAGGUGAUCGCGAACGCGGCCCGCGCGCGGUGUCAAUUUGUGAAGAGCGUCAGUCUGACGAUCCCCGAGCUGACCGAGCCGGUCCUCGACGCGAUCAUGACGGCGAAGCGCUGCCUGCUCGACCCCGUGCAACGCGCGGCGUACGACCGCGAAUUGCUGGCGAAACAAACGGCGCCGAAGCUUGCAAGCGCCAGCCAAGCCGAAGCGCCAUCCGGGAUACGGCACGCCGUGCCGCUCGGCAGCGACGCCGAGGAAGCGGCGAAGUUCGAGACCGACUCGUGGAUGCUGGCGCCGGCGCGCGUCGCCGAGCCGCCCAAGGGACGCGAGUGGGUUGUCGGCAGCGGUUCCCAAGCGGCGAUCCGUGUGCUGGCGCCGUGGGUCUCCCGGCGGCACUGCCGGAUUUGGGAGGACGCAUCCGACGCUUGGAUCGAGGACCUCGGCUCGACCAACGGCACGUUUGUGAACGAGGUCCCGAUCGAGGGACCGACAAGACUGCAAGCCGCCGACUACGUCACGCUGGGCCGCAAGACCCGGCUGCCGUGGCCGCUGCCGCCCGAGUGCACAGGGCGUGACUUGCGGGUCUAUUCGAUCGGCCGCGCGCCCGAUUGCGACUACGUGCUCGACGACAAAUCGGUGUCGCAGCACCACGCGCAGCUACUCAUCGAGGGGGAAGUCAUCCUGCUCCAGGACCUUGACUCUCUGAACGGCACGCGCGUUGGCAGCCUGACCAAUCGCAUCAGCGCCUGCGAGUUGCCGGAGCACGUCUCGGUCUACUUCGGGGCCGCGAAGGUCUUCGCCCAGGCAUUGAUUCAGGCGGCUAACCGGCAUCUCUGGCGCUACCGGCAUGCGCUGCGCCCUUGA